UUUCUCGAAUCCAGGACUUUUGUGAUCUUGCAGCAGCUUCCAUUUGUGGAAGAUGUUUGCGACAGUGACGUUCAUAGCGUGCUUGCUAUUCGGUGUAGCUUCAGCAUUCAUUGAUGAUCUUGAUCCGGAAAAGCUCGUCCGCGAUCCAUCAUCGAUAAUUUCGUGGUGUGCAGCCGGAAGUGCGGAACUCGAAAAGUGUCUCAGGUUUCAAACCGCUGUCAGCGAAAACGUGACGGCCUUCACUUUCGGCUCGGAACUUCUCGCGAAUUUCAAAAGCCUCGAAUGCCACGAGGCCUUUGACAAAUCGCAGUGCAUGACAGCGCUGGACACUGGAAAGGCAGAUCUCGUGAAGCUUGACCCUGGAGAAGUUUACAUCGGUGGUCGUUACCACAGUCUGAUCCCCAUUGCUCAAGAAGUGGACGAAGACGAAACUGCUCGGGAUUUUUCCUACGCUGUUGCCGUGAUUCGUCGGGAAUCCUCGGGGGCCUUUGAAAGUCUCGCAGAUUUGGAAGGGAAAACUGGGUGUUUUCCCUACGUUGGCAGUCUCGCCGGUUGGACGUUGCCGAUGUCACUUUUGCUGGAAAACAGCACGAUACCGGUUGCAGAUUGUAACAACCACGUGAAAUCGGCUAUAGAAUUUUUCGGCCCCAGUUGUGCACCGAACUCGCUGACCGACGUUUUCAAUCGCUUGGGAGAUAAUUCCGAUCGUCUGUGUGAAGCGUGUGGGGGAAGUUCGUAUGGUGGAUUCCAUUGUACUGGCAGGGAUCCUUAUUAUGGGUUCCAAGGUGCCUUUGCGUGUCUGAAUAGCGAGGAUGUUGUUGAAGGUGCGAGUCCGCAUAGGAUUGCGUUUUUGAAGCACACUACAGUGAAUGAUGCGAUUCUGGCCCUGAGGGAACCUAGGCUUCCAGGGGCACGACCUGUUAGUCAAAAAUUGGCAACAUCAACGCAAGCAGAUUUCAUGCUUCUGUGUCCUGACGGAAGAAAGGCUGAAAUUCACGAGUUCGAAAGGUGUAAUUGGGGAAGCGCGCCAUCAGAUGCGAUUGUGACAUCAUCAGCCCGCACCGACUACGUUCUCAUGUAUCAGGAAUUCUUAAGGGUAGCUGUUGAACUUUUCGGGUCUCGGGAACGAGUUUUGGUUCAGAAGGGAGAUCAAAGUGCUGUGGUGAAAUCAUUUCGCUUGUUUGAGUCUGAAGGACAGGUCAAGGAUCUUGUUUUCUCUGACCGAACAGCGCGAUUUUUGCCUAUUGAACAGGUGAAAUGGAACUACAAGCAGUACCUUGGCCCCAGGAUUCUCGAGUCCUUUGAAUCCGUGAGAAAAUGCCCGAUGGCCAAAUUGACUCUCUGCGUAACGUCGCCAGCAGAAUUUGCCAAGUGCAUGGCCCUACGAACAGCCCUGAAAGCCCAGAUGAUUCAACCCGAACUCCAGUGUUUCCAGGCUGUCAAUUCCCUGGACUGCGUAAAAGCCAUUUCCAAGGGUCAAGCUGACGUGGUCAUGUUGGAUGCCGGUGAUGUCUACACAGCUGGCUACGACUACAACUUGAUCCCAUUGAUGGUGGAACAAUACAAUUUGGAAGACCCGGAAUAUUACGCUGUUGCAGUGGCGAAACAAAAGGACCCCACGACUGACCUGUUGUAUCUGAAGAACAGAAACACUUGUCACGGCGGAAUGAUGACUGGGGCUGGUUGGGUUCUUCCACUGGCAUUUCUGCUGAAUAAUAAACGAAUGCGGGGGUACGAUUGCGAUUCCCCUCGGGCUGCUUCCGAGUUUUUCUCCAAGUCCUGUGCCCCUGGGGCCACGAACCGGGAUUACAACAACGGGAGGACUUGGAAUAAUUUGUGCGACUUGUGUCAUGGGUCCACGGGUUCGUUUUGUUCGCGGGAUGCGUCUGAGCCGUUUUUUGGGUUCUCGGGUGCGUUUCGGUGUUUGGUGGAAGGCGGUGGACACGUGGCGUUUGUCAGGCAUACGACGGUCAUGGAGAAUACUGAUGGCAAGAGGAGGAUGUGGUGGGCCAGGAACCAGAUUGCUGAGGAUUACCAGUUGCUGUGUAGGGACGGGACUAGGACCACUGUGAAGGGUUAUGAAGAUUGCAAUCUGGGCAAGAUCAAAGGCAAUGCACUAGUUGGCCGAAAGGCUGAUCGGAUCCCGACACGCGUCACAACGGACCUGUUCAUCUACGCCCAACAAUUCUACGGGGUGAAACAUGGAGAUUUGUUCAGCUUCAAGAUGUUUUCUAGUCCGGAACCCUCAUUUGACCUCAUCUUCCAAGAUUCGACCCAGCAAUUGAUGAUUAUUGAGGAAGAAGAACGUGAUUACGCGAGUUUUCUGGGUGACGAUUUCUUGCACGCCAUGCAUGCGGUGAAUUGCCGUGCAGGAGCCGCCGUUUUGGUUCCACUGGCGCCUGUUUUGGUCUUCGGGUUUGUGGCGGCUCUGAGAUUCGCUGUUGAAUGUUCACUCUGUGAGAGCGGAAGUGUUUGUGUCCUCAACCACAAGUUGGUGGAAAGACAGAGAGAGUGGUGGAAAAUGCCGGGACGACGCGAGCCGCCGCUUUGGGACACCCAGCACUUGUUCGACCCGCCGCCGCCACCGCCGUUAUUAUUGUUAUUAUUAUUGUUGUUGCGGCGGCGACCGGGGUUCCAGGGGCGCAACAACCCGUUCAUGGCGGCGCACUCACAUGGGCGAAACUACCAGCCCCGGUUACCUCCCGAGCACCACCACCGCAACCACAACCACCACUUGUCGUCGUCGGGCCAACAACAACAACAACAACAACACGUGCUUGGCAACACUGUCGCCAGUAUUUCCGAGUCCAGAGCGUUUCCUACGGGCAUGUUGAGCCACGCGUGGCAGCGUCCGUUGCCGCCACUGAGUCCGAUCGCCGCCGGCUUGGCGUCGUCGUCGUCGUCGGCUGUGGGGGCGGCGGGUUGCGGCGGCGACCCCGGGUCGUCGGCGACCAAUAAGUCGUCGACGGCGUCGUCGGCGCUGCGGAAAAUCAGCGCGACGACUCAGAGGAAGUUCAGCACUGUCACGGACGCCGUGUCGCGAAAGGUUUCCACAACUAUUUGGGGUUUGGCUGGUGGCUCUGGAAUAGUUGGCACUGGCUAUUAUGGCGGUGGGACGCCCAAUCUUAAGCACAUGGAAAUUGCCAGCCAAAGCAAAACCCUGGCCAGUCAGUACAUCAGAGCCAGACUGAAGCGCAGUGGGUUUUUCCACUUGCGCAAAUUAGUUGGACUCCAGAGACUGCGCAGUCUUGCCAACAUUCCUGGCGGGAUUCUGUCCAUCACUGUCACGUCGGAUAAGGUGCUGAGAAGUGUGUUGAUCGCGAUCGCGGCCGAGUUGUUCAAGGCGGACAUCACUUGGAGUCGGAUUGUUUCACUGUAUGCGGUUACUGGUGGGCUUGCUGUGGAUUGUGUGAAACAGGGACAUCCUGAGUUUUUACCAGCUCUGGUUGAGGCUGUUGGGGACAUAAUGGAGCAAGAUCUGGCUGCUUGGAUUGUUUCUCAGGGAGGAUGGGCUGGCCUGCUGAUCCUUUACAAAGACCCUGAAAAUGAACCUUCCAUGGUGCACAGCUUGGUUGUAUUGAUCAUGAUCAUUAGCCGAGAACAUGCUUACAUGCCGAGUCAUUGGGCGAGUUCUGACCUGGAUCCAAAAGAAGUCAUCACCAGACACAUUAAUCAUGCUGUAAAA